AUGGCUAGCCAAAGUAAGAAGUCCAACACACCAUUUUGUAAUAUGGAUAAUACACCGGAGAAUACACAAAAGCGGCCGAAGACAAACCCCACUGCCUUGUUCGGUCAGCCCGGAGAUAUUCCUAGCAACACACCAAUUCCAGGAGUAUCUAGAGCGAUGAGUUCCGACUUUGGCCCUGGGCUCACCGCGCCUGCCGCUCAGCAGGCUCCUGGUGGCUUGUUCGGGCCGUACAGUUCCAGCGUUCGUGACUCGUUUGGCGAUAAUACUGCUUCUCAAGUCUCUGCCGCACAAUCAAGUAUGCGACCGACUCAUGGCGGGCUGUUUGGGGGUGCUCAAUCAGGUUCGAACCUAUUCGGCGGAGGUACUGAACCGCCACCGCUGAGUAGUACAAAAGCUCGUCCACCCUUCGGACUCGGCAGCGCAUCUCAUUUCAAGCCUGCCAAAGGGAGUGGACUCUUCGGCAACGUAGGUCAGACUAGACAAUUGCGCGAGGGAGGUCUGUUCGGUCAUGUAGCGGCCGUUGGUAGCGAACCUGCCCGCGCUGAUCACUUUGGAUGUAAUCUUCUCACCAUCCACGUCGGCAAGGACGAGCGUGCGCGAACCUUCAGUUUACACACUCGCCUCCUCACUGCCCGAUCAACCUACUUCAGGGACUCUAUUACCGCCAACCCUGAGCAGAAGACAUUUGAUCUGCGUGGCAUCGAUCCCCGCGCGUUCGCUCUAUAUUUCCAGCUCAUCUAUACAGGCCAUAUCCCAAGUAAACCCAACGACGUAUCCAACACUGAACACGACGAGUACGCCCUGCUCUGCAAGCUCUACAUCAUUGCCCACUUCGUCGAAGACGCCAAGGCCGAAAAUUAUGUCCUGGAUGCUAUUCUCGCCAAGGCUACAGAGAGCGCUGACCUUCCAUCGAGCGAUUAUGUAUGGAUCGUCUACGCCAGCACUGGAGGGCCUUGCAAAGCCCGGAAGAUGAUAGUGGACUUCUACACUUACAAGGCUACCGGGGAAUGGAUGAGAGCGCAGGGAGAAGAUGCCCAGGGACGAGGAUUCCCACCGGAGUUCUGGAGUGAGCUGGCAAUGAGCCUGGUGGAUAAGAGGAGUGUGCCAGAUCAACGGAUGGCUAGUAUGGACGCAAAGGAAUACCACGGACAGUAAGAUGAGAUGUUGGAUAGGCGAAAAGAUACACUCGCGUUGUUACAUGUUCCAUGUACAGCCUAGAGUCGCGAAGGGUAUCGAAGGGCCUACGAAACAAAGGGACGGGCGGCGAUAUGUGCGUGGCUCUCGGGCCUGCUAAUGGCAAAUGAGGUUUUGAACACACCUCUGAACAUCUUGCUUGUCGUUACUUAUUACUUGUCCC